UCGUUUAAUUUUUGAUGGGCUGUUAAUUUGGACGAAUCGGCCUGAAGAGAAACUGUGUUUUGCGCCUUUGCGUCAAAUCUUCUUCAUCUUCACUUCGUCCCCUGAAACGUUACGGGAUCUCUUGAUUCAUUGUCUUUAAGAAACAUCUUUAAUCAAGGAAUACGAUUCAUCCAAUGAUAAUUAUCACAGUUCUAAGCAGUGUUUUUUCGUGUAUAAAUAAGUAAUCCUGCAUCCAUUGAGCAUCAUCUUCCCAUUUGAUGAUAAUCCAAAAAAGUUAUUUGGAGAGUUUUUUGUGUGAUAAUGGCUAACACUGUAACACAUCUGUUUUUUCAUGGUGAUUUGAAGGCUGGUAGCUGUUGUUUAGGCACAACUGAGGAAGAGUCAGUGAUGCCGCGAAGUAAUACACACAGACGAUGAGUGUGGAGAGGGAAUGAGAUGGAUAGCACCACCAUGGCCAAACUCGCAGAGUACCAGAACCUGUUUCCGGCUCUACGUGAGUUUGUUAAGACGGGGAAAUCUGUUUGGGGGACAUGCGCUGGUCUUAUCUUCUGCUGACAUAGCUGUUGGUGGUCAAGAAACUAACAGAGGCAGUUAUGAUCUAAGGGAAUGUAGGAAACAGCAACCACAAUUACAAAAUUGUAACCUGGUGGUGACUAAACCUUCCACGGUAGGCACAAUUGAGGAAGAGUGGAGAGGGAAUGAGAUGGAUGAGAAGAGAGGGGAAACCACAGGAGAAGCUGCUGAGAUGCUGGAGAGUCAUAAAAAUGCAGAAGCGGUAGAUGAAGAGAGGAAGAGGUGGAUAAGAAAUAAGAACCUGAUAUGAACUUUUGUAGUUUUGUUUUAUUUGAGUCUCAGCUGUGCAAAGAAUCUUUGUUUUUGGUAGAAACAAGAAGAAGAAGCUGCAUAGCCAGAUAGGUUUCAUGUAUGUCUAUACCUUUUAACAUAAAAUCCUCCUUAGAUUGCCGUCAGAUUUGUGAGGAAUAAGUAAAUAAUCUGAUUGUCUGAUUAUAUAGGC